ACGACAAAAGAAAAGAAUCUUCUCCUGUAAACCACAGAGAAAAAACCCUGGUGGCCGGCGUCCUUGCCCAUGGCGGCGACAGCGGCACUGGACAUGUUCAAGCUCGGGUUCAUCGGCGCCGGGAACAUGGCGGAGAGCAUCGCCAGAGGGGUCGCCAAGCUCGGCGUCCUGCCCCCGUCGAGCAUCCGCAUCACCCACUGCCGCACGGAGCGCCGGCUCGUGUUUGAGUCCUUCGGCGUCAAGAUCUUGGAGACCAAUGCCCAGGUAGUUGAUGACAGCGACAUCAUUAUUCUCUCCGUGAAACCUCAAAUCGUUAAAAAGGUGCUUUUAGAGCUGAAGUCUUUUUUGUCAGAGGAGAAAGUUCUAGUGUCCGUUGCUGCAGGAAUCAAGUUAAAGGAUCUUCAGGAGUGGUCUGGCCAGCGUCGAAUAAUAAGGGUGAUGCCAAAUACUCCUGCUGCUGUUGGUCUAGCAGCGUCAGUCAUGUGUGUGGGUGAGAUGGCAACUAAGAAAGACGAAGAACGUGUAACCAGUUUGUUCAAUGCAAUUGGAAAGAUAUGGACAGCUGAUGAAAAAUAUUUUGAUGCUGUAACUGGCUUGAGUGGUAGUGGCCCUGCUUAUAUUUAUGUAGCAAUAGAGGCCCUGGCUGAUGGAGGGGUGGCGGCUGGUCUUCCUCGGGAUCUUGCUCUUGGUCUUGCUUCUCAGACAGUUCUAGGUGCUGCAGCGAUGGUUAACCACACUGGGAGACAUCCUGGUCAGCUGAAGGAUGCAGUUACGUCUCCUGCAGGGACCACUAUAGCUGGGAUUCAGGAAUUAGAGAGGGGUUCAUUCCGUGGUACGCUGAUGAAUGCUGUUGUUGCAGCCACAAAACGGUGCCAAGAACUAUCACAAACAUAGUAAUACUAAGUGGCUCUUCUUUGACUAGUAGCGCAUCAGUCUGGAUGCGUUUGUAAGGGCAACUGGAUUAUCUAGAGUUGUUACAUCAUGUUAAUCGCAAUGCCUAAUUGAUUACUGUUUUAUUCUUCAAAGAAGAUGAAUCAUUUGCUAAUAUUUUUAGCGACACCUUUGUUCUUUCGUGGAUAAAUAUGAUAAAAGUUGAUCAA